AUGGAGGACCAAAAUGAGAACAGAGCAUCUUCGCAGGAGAACCUGUCAACGACACCGACAGAGACCCAAGAAGAUGCUCCGAAAGUAUCAAAGAAACGUCGCCGCGUUCCCAUUGCGUGCGCGAACUGUCGCAUGCGCAAAACAAAAUGUGAUCAUAUCGUCCCAAAGAACGCUCCGGAUAGUUCGCCCUCAGGGCUGACCACUGGUGCUUAUGACUACAUUCGCUCUCUAGAAUAUAAGGUCAAGCAGUACGAGACCCAGCUGAGAGACCUGCAGCAAGAGACUAUGCAGCGCUUCAUUCCCGACAUUGCCAGGACACUACCUCUUCCAAAAACCCAAGAUUCGUCGCCUCCAAGAGAUCUAUGGCCAAAGGCUUCAAACCCACUACCGCCAGUUCAGGGCGCAGUAACCAUCACGGCUGCAAGCCCAUCGCUAUUUCUGGGAGGCAAUGGCGGCGCCAUAUCGUUUACUCAACUGAUUCUAAAUGCCAUGAACCCAGGUGCUCCUGACAGAAUCCAGUCAUCGAAUCAGCUUUUUCCAUCACCUCGCGAUCCGUCCAGAGAGAUGCCCGAUACCAAACUUUAUGACUUACCCCCUGAUGCGCGCGAACUUAUCCAAAGAUAUUUUGACUUUCACUACGUGUUAACUCCAAUUUUUCACCUACCAUCGAUAAUCACUCGAUUCGAACAAGUAUUCAUCUCAGAAAGAUCUCGGAGACACGAGUAUGCCUAUACACUGGCCAUCAUUAACAUGAUUUGUGCCAUCGCCACUGCCCAUCGACGGACUGGAGUCGAAACCUCAACGAUCCACACUCGGAAACUCUACGACCGUGCUAUGGCGCUUCUUGGACCGGCUUUGUUUUAUGAUUGGUCUAUCGAAAAAGUGCAAAUCUUACUGUUAGGCGCACGUUACCUCCAAAGCUCAAACUUCCCCGACGAAUGCUGGACCGUUCUCGGCUUGGCCAUCAGAAUUGCUCACGGACUAGAACUCCACCUUCCGCCCCCUGAAAACACAGACUGCAUUACGAAGGAAGUAAGAAAACGUCUAUGGUAUGCCUGCUAUACGACUGAUCAGCACCUUUGCUCUAUUUACGGACGCCCGACGACCACCUCGUCCAAUACGUUUUCCACCCCUCUGCCCGAAGAUCUGGACGACAACUACAUCACGCAUUCUCGGCUUUUGUAUCCCCCCACACCCACCGUAUCGGCGGUCACUCUUUCCAUACACAAUGCGAAACUGUAUAGAAUCAUGGAGAUGGCAGCUGCACUAGUCGACCCGCCAAUGGAGAAGGUGGUCGAGCUGGAUGAAUUAUACGAAGUGUGGUUUUCUCAAGUUCCGGCAGCAUUCAAAGUUUAUGAACGGGAAACGAUCGAAGAUGAUCAAAGCCUGAUCUUGGCCAUGAGGGCCAAUAUGGUCCGGAUCCUCAUUCAUCGACACUCUGUAGUAAUGUCGCUCAGCCUACUUUCCCAUGGCGAAAAGAUCAUCCGUCCUUUGGACGGUAUUCGAGCCAGCAUGAUGCAGAACAGCAGGCAGAUUUGUGUGCGGACAGCAGAGGAAACAAUUCGACUUGUGGGCCACCGCCACGAUAGGACAAAGAAAGCGGCUGGUCCAAGCUGGUGGAACCUAUACUACUUAUUCAACGCCAUCCUUAUAAUUGCGUCCCACGUGGUUGAUCCGGAAUUUCACACCGACAAAGAAGCGCUCUCUCACUUGGAAGAGGGAAUGCGGAUGAUCGGACAAAUGAGCGCAAACCACACCGCUGCUCAGCGAGCCCAUAUCUUUUUGCGCCAAUUGCUCGAUAUAGUCGAGCGAACGUUACCGCAACAAGAUCGAAGACAAGGAGGAUUAAUCCCACCCAUGUUGAACGGGCACCCAGCUUCGGCGGUUAAUGGCAUCGCAGGCCUCCAAGACCGCCCGCCAAAGGAAUUUAUGCAGCUGUGGGACAGCACUGAGCAUUUGACGACAUCGUUGGGAUCGCACCUGGAGUUCUACUCCGGUUUAGGCUCGGGCAUGUGGUCCUGGGGUGCAUCGAAUGACCGUAUAUAG